CUUGUUCCUUCCCUUCAAAUCAUCAUGUGCGUGUAGUGUAAACUGAUGAUCCCAAUCAAUGUCACAACAAUGGAUUUCCUUUUUAAACUACCCACUUCUUGUUAUUCUUAUUCUUGCUCUUUCUACUUUUUAUUUUCUCCUUUUUUUUUAUUUUUCCAAUAUAAAGUGAUUAUUAUAAAAACUUCAUAUAGGAAGAGAAUCAUAGAGAGGGAGAUUGGUAAUGGAAGCCGGCCUUCUCGUUAAAGGAGUCAAGAGGAACAUCAGACCACUUGUCCUCAAACUAGGCUUCACCCUGGCGAUCUUUGUAGCUGGAUAUUUUGCUCAUCAACUUCAUGACAAACUCAAAUCCAAGUCCUCUUCAGGUGAUGGGUCUAAAGAAUCGACUGAUAAAUCCUCAGCCAUUACUGCCCCUGGCCUCAAAGAUGAGCUCCACAUCCUUAAAAAUGAGGAAGCUUUCGCCAAAAUCGUCCAUGGCUCAUCUACCAUCAUGUCCAAUGAUAUUAGUAACAUUGCCACUGCCACCGUUGAAGAGGUGCUUUUGAUGCCAGGUUAUGACAAAAUUGAAGAGAACACAGUGAAAUCAUUGGAGAAAGAGAUUGGUUAUCUCAGAAACUUGGUUGAGGCUCUCAAAGAGAGAGAGAGGGGUCUUGAGAUGCAAAUUAUUGAUUACUACGAGUUAAAGGAUCAAGAGGCUUCAUUAAGAGAGCUCGAGAAUCGGUUGAAGGCAAAUGCAAUGGAGUCUAAGCUCUUGAAUUUGAAGAUUGAAUCUCUGCAGGAAAACAACGAGAAGCUUCAAGCUCGAGCAGUAGGGUAUCCUACAUUAGUAUCAGAACUCGAGUCCGCAAGAGAAGAGAUUGAGCUUUUGAAGGAAAGGUUGAAAUUCGAUGAAGAAGAAACCGAGGAGAAGUUACUUGCUCUUCAGGAGAGGAUCACUGAGCUUGUCGAUAGAGAGAGAAAGCACUGUGAAAAUUAUGUCGAGGUUGAGAAGAAGUUGAAGAGGUUGAAGGAGUUGGAAGAAGAGACAGUCGAUCUUCGAAAGGUUAAUUCAAGGCUGGAAGAAGAGAAUUUGAAGCUUGUUCAGCAACUGGAGCGUGCACCGAUGAGAGCCUCUUCUGAUCAAGCAGAGGCAACGGACGAAACCCGCAACGUGAGAGAGGAGAACAAGAACCAAAAAAACCAAACCGAACAAAUUCAAACUGAUCGCUUCUCAGAAAUCGAAGAAUUAGUGUACCUCAGACGGAUUGAUGCUUGUCUACGACACGAACAUAGAGAUCAUCAUCAUUCUCCUGAAUCUGGUGCAAAUGAGAAACACGGUUCCCCCCUUGAGUUUGACACGGAGACUUGUUCUCCUUCGCAAAUCUCGGUUGAAGACCACAGUGACACAUCCACUACCUCCUCAACAAAGAAAUCGAGAAGAUCGAAGAUUAUUAACAAGCUCCAAAAGCUUGUACUGAGGAAAGACAAACGUGUAAGUAAAGUUGAAGAUGCAAAUGCAAGGAGAAAAUCUUUUGAUAGUUUUCUCUCGUGCAUCUCGGUGGAGAAUGAAAAUUGGCAGGAAAAACAGAGAGCUUCUGAGGAUUGUUUGAGUAAUUGGACUUAUAAUCUUGACCAUGAAGAGGCUGAUGAUCCUGAGAAGACGAAGACGAAGAAAUUUGCUGAUGUUCUGAAGGAUUCUCACGAGCAUCUCAAGUCGAGGAGGAGGUUACAGCGUUGCGGUAGAGUGGGAUACGCAUCAUUCAGUUCUAAUUGAUGCGGCUAUGCUUGCGUUCUGACAGGUGACUCGAUGAGCUCAGUUAAGGCAGUAGUUGAAUUGACAUGAAAUGUUGAUGGCUUUCUUUCCGAGAAAUAAGGGUAUUGUCCCAUUUUAUUAUAGAUAAAAGAUGGGAUUUACAUGAUGUAAAUAGUUUACACGGAUGAAUUUGUACCAUACUCAAUGUUCAUAGCUUGCCUAAAUGUAGUGAAAAUAGUUCAAAAACGUCCACAAAUACAACCUCCGAACAUCCUCAUACGCCAUUGUGAGGAAAUGGACGCAAGAGAUUAUACGAAAUAUAGUGAUAGAACAAUGCAAAUCUUUGUUGAUUUUCGUUAGGAUCAAACCACACAAUUCCUUUUUAUAAGUACCAUCGCUCCAGA